AUGUCGGUACUUUUGUCAUCUUUUUUAUUCUCUCUAUUUUUCUUUCCCUUUCUCUUUUAUAUGUUGUUCUUUUUAUUCUUUUGUCAUAAUUUUUUAGUAGUUUUCUACUUUUUCUAUUCUUUCAUAAUUCGCUAUUCAUUACUUUCUUUUUUUUUCUUUCUUGCUUUUUCUUUCUUGCUUUUUCUUUCCGUUUUUUUUUUCUUUUUUUCGUUACUUGUAUCCCCUUUCCCCCUUUUCUCUUUUAUUUGUACGUAUGUUUCUCGCGAUGAUUCGCUCUUUCUUUCAUUUUUGUUUAUUGUUUUCUUCCUUGCUCCAUUUUUAUAUUUCUUAUUUUAUUUUUUUUGUAUUUUAGUUUUUUUUUGUUCUUUUUUAUUCUUUGUUUUUUCUUUCUUUUUUCAUUUAUAUGUUGUUCUUUUUAUUCUUUUGGUUCUUUCUUUGUUCUGUUGUUUUUAUUAUUAUUAUUAUUUCUUUCUUUCAUUCAUUCGUUCGUUCGUUCAAUUAACAACUCUCUCUCUCUCUCUCUCUCUCUCUCUCUCUCUCUCUCUCUCUCUCUCUCUGAGCUGUUACAUCACUCUAUCUAUCUAUCUAUCUAUCUAUCUAUCUAUCUAUCUAUCUAUCUAUCUAUCUCAGUCUAUUCUUAUCUAUCUUUCAAUCUAUCUAUCUAUUUAUCUAUCUAUCUAUCUAUCUAUCUAUUUCAGUCUGUUCAUAUCUAUCUAUUUCAGUCUGUUCAUAUCUAUCUAUCUAUCUAUCUAUCUAUCUAUCUAUCUAUCUAUCUAUCUAUCUAUCUAUCUAAGUCUGUUCAUAUCUAUCUAUCUAUUUCAGUCUGUUCAUAUCUAUCUAUCUAUCUAUCUAUCUAUCUAUCUAUCUAUCUAUCUAUCUAAGUCUGUUCAUAUCUAUCUAUCUAUUUCAGUCUGUUCAUAUCUAUCUAUCUAUCUAUCUAUUUCAGUCUGUUCAUAUCUAUCUAUCUAUCUAUCUAUCUAUUUCAAUCUGUUCAUAUCUAUCUAUCAAUCUAUCUCAGUCUAUUCUUAUCUAUGUUUCAAUCGAUUCUUAUCUAUCUAUCUAUCUAUCUAUCUAUUUCAGUCUGUUCAUAUCUAUCUAUUUCAGUAUGUUCACAUCUAUCUAUCUAUCUAUAUAUCUAUCUAUCUAAGUCUGUUCAUAUCUAUCUAUCUAUCUAUCUAUCUAUCUAUCUAUCUAUCUCAGUUUCUUCGUUAUCUAGCUAUGUAUCAAUGUAUCUAUGUUUUACUUUGUUCAUUAUCUAUCUAUCUAUCUAUUUCAGCAGAGAUCAUUCGCGCCUAG